CGCGCCGCUUGUUUACCAGCGCUCCGCCAUUCACUGCGACACCGUCACAUCCUACAACGACGAGGUAAGAAGAAGAAAACAGCUCGUCGCACACGGCGGCAGCCAAUCAGCGGGCUGGUUUCUCUUCAGCAUCUCGGAGGGACUGAGCCAACGGGCAGACCUGAGCUCGGGCAGCGCGGAGGAAGGAGACCGAGGCUGCGCGACGCGCAAUGAUGGUUUUGUGAAAUUUACAAGGAGGUGGAGGACUUCGUAACCAGCACAGAGAGAAAUCUAAAGUCGGCUAAUCCAAGCACUGCACAAAGGGAACCAAAUUCCUGCACAAGCAUGGCAGACCAGAAAGACAACAUAGAUGACUUUAAAGUCCAGACAGCCAAGCAUCCUAACAUUGGCUCGGCCACUUUACGGCCGCACAGUGAACAGUCUAAAGAUCGAGCGUCCAAAAGGCUUUCAUCUGAGUCUAAUGGGACCAGUGAAGGAGAUGUGGGUUCGUCCACACCGGUGGAGGUGACUGCUUUAGAAGAGUCAUUUCGGCGCUUCGCCAUCCACGGUGACACUCGCGCUACCGGCAAGGACAUGCACGGCAAGAACUGGUCCAAACUCUGCAAGGACUGCGGUGUUAUUGACGGCAAGAACAUCACCCUCACUGACGUGGACAUCGUCUUCAGCAAAGUCAAGAAGAAAUCCUUUCGCACCAUCACAUUUGACGAGUUCAAGGUUGCACUUGGAGAGCUGGCCAGGAAGAAAUAUAAAGACAAGACUGGACAGGAGGCUGAGGCCGAGGUCUUCAAGCUGAUCGAAGGGAAGGCACCUAUCAUUGCAGGAGUCACGAGAGCCGUGGCCUCCCCGACAGUGAGCCGCCUUACGGACACCACCAAGUUUACAGGGUCACACAAAGAGCGUUUUGACGACACCGGACGCGGGAAGGGUAAGGCAGGACGAGUAGACAUAGUUGACACUUCCGGAUAUGUCUCGGGAUACAAACAUCAAGGGUCAUAUGAAAAGAAAGUCAAUAAACCCACCGUGGCCAAACCCAUGUGAGGGCGAAGAUGAGGAAACAAACAUUUGAUCAACUACUACGAUAAUUUUCUAUUAAAAAAAGAGUACUCAAAGAAAGCACAAAAGAAUAGGAUUACAUAUAUUUUCCCUACCAUCUAUUUUGUGUGUGUGAGACAGAGAGAGAGAUGUCUUUGAUUUCCUCUCUUUGUCAAGUGUGAGAACUGGAAAUUGUUUACAUCUAUUUUUACAAAGUCAUCACCAGCUGGUACAUUCCUGUCUGAUAGCAAGUUACUGCCAAACACUGAAGAGAACAAAUGAGAGAAACUGCUAUGCUAUGAAUAUUGAAGCUUUGUUGUUAUGAUAGGGCCUUAUAAUAUUUAUUGAGCACAAUGAACAACAACAUGCCAAGAAAAACAAAAAUGGGGCAACGGUUUGAUGAAUUAACAACAUUGCACUUUUUAAUGGAAAUGUUUCUAUUCCCAUGUUUAGCUUAAAAAAAUGCAUUUUUAAUGUCUGGCAGAGUUUCAGUGAUAAUUGGCACAGAUCCUUGACAUAGAUAUUAUCAAAGUUUAUUUCUUUUGAAAAUUAAGUUAACUCCAACAUGUGUUAAUUGUUUAUCUGCCAUUCCCACUUGUCACCCGCUGUUAAAUCUUUAUAAAAUCUGCUGUUUAUUUUUUAAUUUCAUAAGCUCACAUUGUCCAGCCUAGAAAGAUAUAUUAAGAGUUUUAUCAACUUGUUUUAUACUUUUUUUUUUUCUUUUUGCAAAAAUACAAUUAAGUUAGAAGUCAGACAGAACAUUUUUGACCUCUGCCAUAUCUGCUUGUUUCUGUGAAUACUUAAAACAUAGAAGAGUCCUACCAUGCAAAUCUUUUUAAUGGGCCUGCCUAGAACACGUAAAAACUAAUUUAACAGCACUUUCCUAUUUUAUCUUAAACCAUCUUUUUCAGAGCCAUUGUAUCUACCUACACGCAAACAAUUUUGCUAAAAUGCAUUUUGAAUAUUAGAUUGGUGAAUAUAGCUGAAGGACGCUCGAACAACAGUAGAUGAGCUCAGUUGUACAAGAUUGUAUUUUUAACAAUUUACUUAUAUUGUUACUCCGUUAUUCAGAUUUCUAUACAGUAGUUCUAAUAUAUUUGUGGUAAGAUUGUGUCUAUUCUAAAACGUUAUGGCCACAUGGCUUAAUUUAUGACACUGGCUUCAUAUGUUUUUAUUCUUCCUGUAUUGCUGUACUUUGUGCAUGUUUUGUAUAUUGCAUUUGAUUCAGAAGCAUAUAGUUGACAGGAGUUUGUCUUAUCUGAACUGCUGUGCCUGCUGUGAGGACAGACUACUGGACCGACUUAAUUAUUUUCUUGAGAAAAUUACAUUAAGUGAUGAAAUUGUGGGAUCAUGAUAAAAUCUUUUAUUGCUUGAAAUCAAUAUGUAUCAACUUGUACAUGUACAAAGUCAGCUACCCUCUAAUGCUAUUAUAUAUGUCUAUUGAUAAAGAUUUACAGUACCUUUUUAUGUGCGAUACUGUCAUCCAAGGCAAGGCAUUCAAAACAAAAGCAAGGUUUUACUGAUGUAUCCUGACAUACUGUAUACCGUACGAGAUAAAGGGAAAAUUGCAAACAAGUAAUAUACUUUUGUAGAAUAAUAUUUUUCCAACAUAGUGACAGUGUUUUUGCCACACUUGUCACUGUAACCUCAGCUGAUGAGGAAUCAUGCAUCAAGGAAAACUAGCAGCAAUCAGUGUGUUAGUUUUUGUCUGCUGCAG